CAUCUACUCACCGGACCUGAGACCAACCGCGUCAUCGCUGUCCAGGGGGGGCAUCCAGCAGGGACAAAAUUGAUCAAGAAGCCGUACAGCCCGAUAUCUGGGGAUGGCCCCUGUCCCGCCAUGCUCACAAGGAGAGACAUCCCAAGCCGCGCUUGGUGCAUCCGGAACCCGUUACCCAUUCUUAAAAGCCAAUUCCUUUGCGAUCAGGCUAGAGCGGAUAUCCCCUAGCCGUUGUCUUGGGCUUUGACUCCUGAAGUAUGCCACGGCCAAAGGUUCACCCAAGCCAGCGUCAGCGCGCCGCAGAGGCGUGCAACUUUUGCCGCGCUUCUAAGAAGCGAUGCAGUGCUACGGUGCCUUGCACCGCUUGCCAGAGACGCGGCAUUGGGGCAUCGUGUUUCCUCACUCAUCAGCCUCGAGGGUCGAGGAAGAAGCCUCCGCCUCGGUCAAGAGCCUCUGUGCCGGAGCAGACCCGGUCGUCGCCGGAUGGUGGAGACAAUACUCUAGAUGAUGAAUCUGCGUGGGGCCGAGAUGGCUUCGCCAAUAUUGUUCCGCCAGACUGGUGUCCAGAGGCAGAUCCGAUUUCGAUGAACAAUGAUGCUGAUGUAGAUUAUCAGCCUCCCACUCCAUCUGAUUCUCGAAUAAGCAUUCCAGAAGAGACUAUCUCCGGAUCCACACAACAGCCACCGCAGCUUACGGUAAAUUCUGGAUCUCCAACUCUAGGACCGGAGUCUCAUGCUCGCAUGCUUCUGAACCUGCGGGGAGAGCAAGUUUAUAUCGGCAAAGCGGCCUCUUUGUCAUUUCUUCAGCUCAUCAGAGAUACUGUGACAGCUCAAAUCGGGCCCUCCCAAUUCUCUCAUAAUGAUAAGCGUCAUAGUAUGCUGGAGACAGAGCCGUCUGCUGCGGCGGAUGCGAAUGACUUGCAGUCAACUACUUAUAAUCUAGAUGUAGAAAGCAGUUUGCUCUAUGCUCGCAUCUUUGAAGCUGCUACUGGCGGACUGCUGGAUAUCUUUGGACCGCUGGAGGUUGAAGAUAUCCUUGUGAAAAUCCGAACCGAUGCAUCCCAAUCUGUAGGUUUGUAUAAACAUGCCUCAAUUGAUCUCGUGGUAGCUAUUGGAGCGCAAUGCAAAUCUCCAAUGGACGCGCAGCAAAUCGGAUCAGUAUAUUUUCGGCAAGCACAGAAACGCGCGUUUUCAGGUAUGCUGGAGGAUCCAACUGUCGACAUGGUGCGCGCCUUUCUUCUAAUGGCCUUUUAUAUGCUUGGACAUUGCCGAAGAAACACAGCAUUCAUGUACUUGGGAAUUGCGUCAAGAGCUGCAGUUGCUCUCGGGAUGCAUAGCCGUCAUUCAUAUGCAGACCUAAAAAACCCAUUAUGCCAGCUGAGACUGCGAACAUGGAUGAGCCUCUGCGUACUUGACAUGCUUGUAUGUUCAAUCCUUGGAAGACCAACUGCAACAGCUGGUUUAAGGGCAGAACUCGACACCACCAUCAUUGGAUCAUCUGCGCCUCUAGACACGAGAAACUGUCAAAGCUUAUUUGCGUCGUAUAAUAUACUCACUAUUAUUAAUGAGAGCGUUGAAGCACUGUAUGGGAAGAAAGUCGCAUCCACCGCUAUUGUGGAACAGUUUCUGACCAAAAUUGAAAAUUGGAGUCAAAACCUUCCCAAUUUUCUACGAAAUCCUCUCACUUCCAAAAAAGGCUCCCCAUCACGCAAAGUGGCGACGGAUAGUAUACAUAUCGCUUGUCUCUACUACUUUGCCAUAACUUUGGUUACUCGACCGAUAUUAAUAUCCAACCUUACGUCUCGACAGGGUGUUGCGACACCUUCUUCUUCACCUAUGGCGUCCGCAUGCAUUGAUGCGGCAGUAUAUCUUGUACAAACGUGCUCGGACGCACACAAAACAGGACUACUUCUUGGUAAUAUGUGCAUAAUGAAGGCACUUAUUUUUGCCGCUGGCCUUAUCCUUGGCUUCGACAUGUUUGCCAAACGGGAGCUCGAUUACGAAGUUGAAACAGCCUUUCGCAGCGCGAAAGAUGUUCUUGACUUCUUGGGCAUUCAAAGCCCUCAGGCCGCUCAUUAUUCAGGAAUUUUAACCCUACUAUCUGAUGCAGUCGUGAAGCAGCGAACGAAGUUGCCUACACGCCCUCGAAGCAGAUAUGUCGGAAAAUUAAUCUCCUUCAGCAAAGAGGGGGACACUAGUCAAGACAAUAGCAACAGCAAUGGUAGCGACGAUAUGAUUCUACCUAUAAAUAAUACAGAGCCAGCAAAUGGAGAAAUUGGAGGCGUUUGGAUCACAGAUAUUUCGGGCCAACCCACCGAGAUGGACGGAGAUAUGUUGCGAGGGUGGGACAGCCUUGACUUGUCUCAGUGGGAUAGCUUUCCUUUUUAUAGCCCAAGAGUUUUUGGAUCAGAUUAAUCUUGCAUCGGCGGCGCUAUGCGUUUUUGAUGAAAAAUUGGUCUCUACAUAUGGCCAAUGCUACGUAUGCCUACGGAGCUGCGGAGCUAAAUCUAUUCAGGAGUGACAACUGUCGAUUCGACUUUAGGAUACGUAUAUAGAAGCCGAUUUAGGAUAUUUUGUAAAUGUCACAUUUGCGAUGUAUCGUAUACCUUGUAUUAAAGGACCUUGGGCG